GUUAAGUAAUAAACAAUGAGUACUAUUAGGAACAGAACCAAUGUAAAGUUAGCGAAACUUUUUUACAAAUACGCUGUAAGAACCGAUCACGAAGAAGAAACAAAAGAUGAGGAUAAUGAAUCCAUAGAGGCAGACGAGGACUCGUAUCCGCCUUUUAAUUUUUCAUGGUUCAUCGAAAACAAGAUCGCGGCCAUGGGCUGUCCACAGAAAGUUGCCAACUUAAAUUAUUUAGCAGAUGUUGGAAUUACUCACAUAAUCACCUUGUCGCCCGAACGUAUUCCACCUCUAAUGUUUUGUAAACGAAGAUUGAAGUGUACGAAAAUUCCGAUCAAAGAGUUUGGUGCGCCGACCAUGAAACAGAUUAUAAAAUUUAUUGAACUUUGUAAAAAGGCCGAAAUUACAGGAGAGAUUAUUGGCGUCCACUGUCUAAACGGCCAUGCUCGUACUGGUACGAUGCUGGCCUGCUAUCUCGUUUUCUUCAAGAACAUGACGCCAGAACGCGCUUUACUUACAGUACGGGUAAAACGACCAGGCUCCUGCGAGGCUUAUGCUCAAGAGAUGGUCUGUCAUUACCACGAUUGCAUCCGGGGUACAAUUACGAAGCCAGACUAUCGCCUCGUCGAUGAUAAGCUAUAUUUCGACUUCUCAAUGAAACACUCAUAUCCGGAUGAAGAAUCACUCACAAAUUUGAGCGAUGAAAUACCUUUUGUUAAAGUAGAAACUUUCAAAGACAAACUUUAUAAAGACGCUGAAUUCAUUAAAAAGGUCGAUAAAGUUGAGGCGGAGAAAAAGAAAAGAAUGAAAACAAUGGUCAUCAAUCAUAAGAUUUAUUUUUAAAGCGGUUACAUGUGCGUAU